CGUUAGCUAAACGUCAAAAGAGGCCUUCAUAAAAUUUUGUUUUCUGACUUUACUAAGAGGAAAUUAUCCGCGAUGUUUACUUCGUUUUAUAUUAAAAAGGUUUAUCGAUAAGCAAUGGAAAUUGAAGAAACGGAAGCUAACGAAGUUUCGGAUUGCGAAGAAUCUCACACUGCAUGCUCCGCAGUUAACAAUUUAAUUUUGGAUUAUUAUAAAAAGUUCGGAAGGAAAAGAGACUUAGAGCAGUUUUUCUCUUUAUCGACAGCUCAAAGUGAAGUGAGAGAUCCGUGUAGUUUAUUUUGGAGAAGAAUGAAAUCGCAGGACGAGUCUUCGGAUUCUUGUGGCAAGAAGAGUGAAUCUUCUACUGAACUUUGCAGGAUUUCCAUCAAAUGCUCUAUUCCAGAGCAAUCUUCUUCGCAGGUUGAACAUUCACGGAUAAAAAGUGACUCUGAAUCUCCUCCUAUAAUUAGUGAGGAGGUCAUCUCAGAGCCUAGAAAUUCUGACAAUGAGUCUGUAAAAUCUGAUGAUGUACAAUCUCAGAAAUCUAUUGAUGGUACAUUAGACACUUCAACAAAUAAGCCCAAUUCACCAACAAGCAGUAUAACUUCUCAACGCAAGCUUGAAUGGGACUCCUUAGCAGAUGUAGGUUAUGCUAAUGAAAGUGACCGAAAGAACUCUGCAUCUAGCUUAAGCACUUUGGAAAGAAUGGCUUUGCAGCAGCAAUAUUCGUAUAAUGACACGAAAAAUAUUGAAAUAGGACCACCUACUGCACAAUCAACUCCGUUGGAGCCAAAUGAAGCUAAGCCGAAAAAUAAAAAAGGUGCUAUAAAAAAAACAACCAAAAUAUAUCAAAAAGAUAUUGAUUCAGUUAAACUGUCUAUUCCACAAAACCCUGAUAAUAAACCACAACCUAUUAAUUUGAAUUUGACUAAGCACAUAUCUUUUAAUGUUGAUGAAAAUGGCAGUGUCCACAUUGAAAAUAUGACAAAAAACCUUUCUUUAAGUCCUGAAAAGGGAUCCUUGGAAGAUAUAAAAGUGACACCACUAAUUAAAAUAGAUAAAGAGAUUCAGACUACAUUGAAUAGAAGUAAAGACAAAUCUUGUAGCUCUGGCGAAAAAGCACAGCAUGCAGUACCUAAAGUUAAAAGACACCCUGUGCUGAUUAGUCUCAACACUUUAAAGAAAAAAACUAAAAAAAAGAAAGUGAGAAGAAUUAAAAGACCGCAGAGUAAGAAGAAACUGAUUGCUAAUAAAGAAAACGUUCCACUGGAGAAAAGUGGGGACCAGUUGUCAGAAGCUGAAAGUUUUGAAUAUAUGCCAGGGCAUAUUUAUAAUCAAAACCACAUGAAUUAUAAUCAACGCAAGAAUAAUGUUGCUGAUAACAAAUCAAGUCUAGAAUCUAGUGGACUAACUACAGAUUCAAGCAAAACCACAAAAUAUUCAUUUACCAAAGACUUAGAAAAGAGCAUAGAUAUUCUUAAAUCUGCUAUUGAUCGUAAAUAUGAAGAUGCCAACUUAAGGAAGUAUCUCAUUAAAGACAUAGUUCAGAGACUAGUUGAAUCAAAAUACAAAAGUGACAAGAGCUCUACCGAAUUUUUAUCAGGGUUGAGCUUCGACAGUAAGAGACUAGGAUUAAGAGAUCACAACUACACUACUACAAGUACCUCUGAUACAAAUAAUACUGCCAAUGAAAUCAAGCAAUCUAAACCAAAGAAAUCUAUUUUACGCAUAGAAAAGUUUAAUACAAAUCCUAUAGCCUCAACAUCUCAAAGUGUUCCUAAUAUACCAAUUUUCACGAAUAAUGAAAAGUCCGCAGAUCUUUCGAAUACUGAUUCUGAUAUUUCAAACAAAAAUAAAGCCUUUUCAGAUUUAGGUGUGGACAAAACAUCUUCAGAGCAAUUGUAUAAAAAGUAUUUAGAAGCAUUAAAAAGAGAACAAGUAUACAAAAGACAUCUAAGAGAUAAAGAAAUGUUCCUAAAGCAUAAGCUAGUUAGUUCAGAUGUUGUUCAUAAUACUGUUCCACAAGUUGACACUAAAACUCAAAAUAGAAUUAAAGACCUAAUGAAAGACUUAAUUCGAAAUAACUAUGAUGAUGGUUCAGGUGAUGCAAGUAAACUUGAAGGCGGGUCAAGUGCUUAUAAUAUAAAUGAAAAAUGUAAUUCAUUAAAAAAACAAAGAAGUCAUUCUGUAUUCACCCUAUCGUCAGGCAACUCUGAAAAUUGUAGUAAAAAUGCACCAUUUGCAAACAAGCAUCAAAUUGAAGCAGGCAGUUCAAGGAUUGAUUCUAAAGUCGAGAAACAUUACUGCUGUUGCCCCCAUCAUGUGUUACAUCCUAAAGUUGGUGUAACAGAUAGUUCAGUGCAGGUUAACAUUCAAUCUUGUAGGGAUCAUGAAUUUCCUUAUCAGAAAGCAACAGAAUGUAUGUGCCAGAAAUUAAAGAUACCUGAAACUGAAACAUCUAAAUGUUUUAAAUGUAAAAGCCCAAGAAAUAAAACACACAUUUUCACUGAUGGUGUAACAGAUGAUUUUAAAUAUGUUUGCCUGUGUACUGAUGAAGGAGUUAUGUCCAAAGAAAUGCCUGAAAAAUUCUUAAUAUACAAAUGUUCUAGAUUGCCUAGCAAAAAUCUAAAAUUAGAGGAUAUAGUAUCAAAAGCGGUAAAUACUGUAAGUGAAAGUUCUAGUAAUUUCACAUCACCUCGACAAAAGAUAUCUUCAUUCAAAGGCAAAGAUUGUGAGAGUAAAUGUUUAAUUAUAAAGGAUAGUAGUAGCUCCAAUAAUCAUACAUCAAAAUCAUCACAAACUAACCUUAAUUUGCCAAUUCUUCUCCCGCAAACAACAAGUCAACAAAGCGUAGGCUCCUCUACUAUAGAAUGUAGAGAAAAUGUGGCAGAUACAUUAGGACGUCAAAAUACAAAAGGAACAUAUUUAUAUGAAGCUACAAGAUGCAUGCAAACUGAAAUCAGUAUCGAUCCAAAAAAAUCAGAUCCUUCGCUAUCUGAUAUAAAUAUAGUUAAUGACGAAAAUUGUGUGGCACUGAUAAGUGAACAAUAUAAAAAAGUUACAAAACCUACUUCAGAAAAAAAUAUCUACACUUUUGAUAAAAAUUGUGUCCAAAUUCAAAGUAGCGAAAGUAGUUUACCAGAAAGUAAACAUAAUUUUCAAACAGAAUUUGAUAAAUGUAUUAGUACAAGUGCCGAAGAAGAAUUUACUACAAUUUUUCCAAAAGUUGACAAAGAAGUUCAACAUAUUCCCGAUAAAAUAGUUAAUUACUAUACAAACACAGUUGAAGAUAAACAAUGUUCAAACAAUUUUACUAUACCAAUACAAGGUACCAAUAUGACGCUUAAAGUUAGUUUAGGUUCUGGGACCAAGACACCGCCAACUAAAACAAAUUCCAAAAACAAUACAUCUUUCACGUCUCAAGGAACAGAGACAACAAAACCCUGUGUUGUUGAAAACGCUACAUCGUUGCAAGAAGAAUGCUCCAAAGCUGUACAGUCUGGAAAUACAAAAAUUUUUGAAGAUUUUUUUCAAAAGUCACCAAGAAGCUCUGUAAGUCGAAAAACAUACAGCGAUAAUUUUGAUUCCCAAGCUAAGAUAAAUGGCAAAACGAAUGUCCCGACUGAUAGUUGCUAUAUUGAAGGCAAAUACAAUACGUAUCCAACUCAGGAUCAAAUGCAUAUUCAAAAACCCCUACUUCGUUCCAAUACCGACCCUAGUAAAAUUGAGAAAGCUUUUCACGUUACAUUUCAUCAACAAACGUUGAAAGACAAAGCGGACCCACCAGAUGGUACUAGAACACCUAUAACACAAUCGGAAGCUGCCACAAAAGCGCAAGAAAAAACUGCUUCUUGUUACUCAGAUUCGUCAUCAAAAUCCACAGAGAUAAAUAAUUCUAAAACUAAAGAAAGCUCGGAUACAGAUAUACAGUUUAAAUCAUCUGGCAGUGAAACUAAUGGUAACACAAAGGUGCAGACAUUUAACGACCCUUUGUUAAAUGUUAUACAAGAUAUAACGAAACGUUAUUCGAAAAAAGAUUUCGAAAAGAGCAAAAGAAAGAAAUGCUUUAAAGAAAUUAUUAAUGUUCUUGGUUAUCUAUUAGAUACUGAAGAAAGUACAGACCAUGAUCAAAACAAAGCAUCUAGCUCAUUUGCUGGCGAUGAUGUUUCCGACUCACGGAAAAAUAUACCUGUAAAAGAAAAUACUGAUUCCAUUCCAGCCAAGAUUUUAGUAGAUAAAGCAGUACAGUUAUCCACUAAAAAGUCUACAUUGCUUAAAACGUGCACUGAGUCGUCAGAUUUCCCUAUAUCGACGGAUUUUCCAAGUACAUCGUCUGACGCUGCCACGUGCAAAGUUUUAAACAAAAUUAAAAGGGAAUGCGAUAAAUAUUACCAAAAACGGUGCAAAUUACAUAUGGGUGGUAAAAAAUGUGAAGACACAAGUAGUACUUCAGUUAAUUGCGAUCAAUGCAGACGCGUCCACUAUUGUUCUUGUAGAGGACACAAAUGCAAAGGUCACAGAACAAAAACCACUGUCGAAAAAACAAAAAAAAAAUGUGUAGCUUACAAUUUGAUCAUCCAAACAUCAGAUAGCGUAGUUAGCGAGGAGAUAAACUGCGGAAGCAAUCGGCGUCAGCUGCAGAAUAUAAUUGUCAAAGUUCCUUCCAAGCGAAAAGUUGAUAAUAUACCUUUUAAGGAAAUGGCUUCUAGAAUUGAGAAAGACAUGUCUCAUUGCAGCCCUCGAUGCAACACGCGGGGUCAUCGAUCAAAAAGUUUGCCCAAUGACAGCGAAAUUUCAAGCACAGACGAAAUCAUUAAGAAGGAUCAAGAUUAUACUGUGCGUGAAUUUUUAGAAAAGAAUCGACCUGACUUUGUAGAGAAAUGCUCUAAUCGGCAAGACUGCUUGAAAUUGAUCAAUAAAACCAGAGCAAACGAACGCGCUACCAAACGUCAACUGUUGUCAUUGCAGCUGGAACGCCAACAAGAAUUGAAUGCUCUUAGCGAAUCAGAUUUAAGAGUUUUUGCUAGAGCACUUGGUGAGGAAAUGAGAAGAAAGAAAGGUGCACCAAAAUUUAUAAGUGAGCGCGAAAUGAAGAAACACUCUGAGAAAAUGUACAAAUCGCUUCCCGAGAUUGUACAGAAAAAAGAAGAAAUCAAAAAGGAGAAUAUUAAGAAAACUAAUUUACUAAUGGCUAACAUAUUUAAAAAGAAUCUCCAAAAGAAAACCCUUCGCGGUGCUAUUAACAUAUCAAAUUACAGUUCAGUUAUAAAGAUUUGACGAAAACGGACUAAAGAUUUGACCACUGAAUUUAGUUUAAUUAUUAUGAAAUUAUCAUAUCCAAGAAAGACAUGUGUUCAAAGAUUGUUAAUCAGUUUUAUGUUAUUUGUUGUUAUAUUGAUGGUAUGAAAUUGUAUAAUGCCUUUGUUUGGAUUUAAUGUAUUCUAUUUAAA